AUGGGAAGACAACCAUUUCUUUCGAUAGGAUUCACCAUCUCUUUCGAUAGAAGAAUCCUUAAAUGGACAAGGAAAUCAAUUGAUAGGGUGAAGACAGAAGGUGAAGACGAUUCUACUCGUUCGACAUUGUUUUAUGCAGAGUAUAGGAACACAGGUGGCGGUGCAUGUACUGAAGAUAGGGUGGAUUGGCCUGGCUUUCAUGUGCUUAAAAGUUCCAAGGAGGUUAGGCCUUAUACAGUUAGUGAAUUGAUACAAGGAGAUUCAUGGCUUCCAACAAGUGGUGUGCCCUAUCAAUCCGUAGUUUAA